AAAAAGGAACAUGAUGCGGUAUGUUGUAGAAAAUAUAAAUUAGAAAAUCCAUCGUUAUCAUUCCAUCGUCUACUUGAAAGUUUCGGCUAGAAGAAAGUCUUUAUAGACCAUCUAUCCUUAGUUUUAAUUGCUAAUAUACAGAUAAAACUACAAAAUGUCUUUCGGCGGAAAAUUUGUUCUUGAAAGUAGAAACAAUUACGACGAAUUUGCUGCUGCAAGUGGAGCAUCACCAGAACAGAUUCAGAGAGGAAAAAGCGUGCAUCCAACCACUGAAAUCUCAAAUAAUGGAGACAACUACACUGUGAAAAGAAUCUUCCCCAAUCAGACAAUCACUAACUCUUUCAAGUUAGGCGUUCCUACUGAAUUAUCUUUUGUUGAGGGAAAGAAAGCGACGGCUACCGUUACAUUGGAAGGUGGAAAAUUGGUUAUGAAAGGUGACAAAUUUUCCUCCGUGGCUGAAAUCGAAGGAGGGAAAUUGAAGGAAACCUUGACGUUUAACGGGAAGACGAUGACAAGAUGGUCGACAAAAGCAUAGAAAAUCAACAAUUGAUAUAUAUUCAAAAUAUGUAUAAUUGAUAAAUUAUCUUAAAACGUUUAAUUUUCAACAAAAUAAAAAGAGGCAAAGUAUAUAUAACUUACAAAAAUUGCAUGUGGAAUAUUUCUUUUUUAAAAAUUCAAAAUUGCUUCGUCAAAUUUGAAAAGAUUGAAAUUAUCACUUAAUACAAUACUUGAUAAAACAUG